AUGGAUCCUGACGAAAAAGCCCCGCCCAAAAUUGGUGAGCGCAUCAAUUGGGAAGAUGACGACGAAGAUCUGCGCAGGUCUCGCCGUCGUGAGCGAUCAAGUCACCGCCGUUCUCUUUCAAGAGGUUCUCUGAGCAUCCAUCGCGCAAACUCUAUGAACCGUGGCGAUCCCAGUCUCGCCUUGCCCAUCACCUAUCGUACAGUUUCGUUUGAUAUCGAAGAGUCCAAAGGCAAAGAGCAAGCCGAACUUGCUAGAGCUAAGGAUGUCACUACGAAAGCGUUGACGGAUCUCGAGUGGCACACUCUCCCGACCAUCGAUGUUGAGAAAAGACUCACCACUUCCAUCACAGAGGGCCUUUCUGCCGAUCAGGCCAAGAGGAGGCAGGCUGAGUACGGCAGAAAUGCCCCUUCGCCUGCCAAGACCCAUUGGUUUAGAACUAUCUUCUUGUAUUUCUUUGGCGGGUUUGGCAGCAUUCUUCUCAUCGCCGUCGCCAACUUGGCCCUCGCAAUCGUCCUUCUCGCCGUCUUCUUCAUCCAAGCCCUCUUCAACAUGUUCCAGGACUGGUCCACAUCCCGAACCAUGUCCUCAAUCAAGGAGAUGCUGCCCGAAGAAGGUGACAUAGUCCGCGACGGCCAGCUCAUCCAUCUCAGUGCCGCAGACGUCGUCCCUGGCGAUAUCGUCCGUGUCAAAGCCGGCAACAAACUUCCAGCGGACAUGCGCCUUGUGCAGGUCUCAUCUGAUGUCAAGUUUGAUCGAUCAGUGCUUACCGGCGAAUCGAAGCCUGUGGCCGGAACUGUUGACCACACUGAUACGAACUACCUCGAGACACACAAUAUUGGCCUUCAGGGAACUCAUUGCAUUCUCGGAUCGUGCACUGGAAUUGUCGUUGCGACUGGUGACAGGACUGUGUUUGGACGCAUCGCGAGUCUCACUAAUGAACCCAAGGUCAAGAUGACCACUCUCGAGAGGGAAGUCUUGUACUUUGUGAUAAUUAUCGCCAGUAUCAUGAUCGUCAUGAUCUCUAUCGUCUGCAUCAUCUGGGGCACCUUUUUGAGAAGCAAGCAUCCCGAUUUCAUCAACGUUCCAACACUCAUCGUCAACUGCGUCAGUGUCGCUAUCGCCUUUAUCCCUGAAGGUCUUCCUAUUUCGAUCACUGCUGGUCUCACCAUCACUGCAAACCUCAUGAAGAAGAACAAAAUUCUCUGCAAGUCCCUCAAGACUGUCGAGACCUUGGGAUCGGUAUCCGUUGUUUGCUCCGACAAGACCGGUACCCUUACUACUGGCAAAAUGACAGUCUCCGACUGCGCCAUUGGCGGUCUUAACAUGGCCGUCGAGGAUGCAAGGGCAAAGAUGGGCUUAUCCAAGUCUACCACACAUCCCAUCAUCCAGCUCAGAGCUAUGGCUGCUCUUUGCAAUGCCUCCGAGUUCGAUGCCGCCACCAUGGAAGCACCCUUGGCAGAGAGAAAGAUCUUUGGUGAUGCCACUGACCAAGCCAUCCUCCGCUUUGCCGAGUUCGUCGACACGAGCAGUGUCGCCUACCUGCGCUCGUGCUGGAAGAAGACAUACGACCUCGCCUUCAACAGCAAGAACAAAUUCAUGAUCCGUUGCUUCACCUCCUCAAGAGAUGAAGCCAUCUCUCAAACUCUGAGCAAAGACUCUAACUUCGACGUCAAGGACACGCUUUUGACUAUCAAGGGUGCCCCCGAUGUUCUCAUCGACCGUUGCUCUUACUAUGUUUCUGAACACUCUGAGACCGUCCCCCUCAAUGCCGCUAUGAGGGCUAAGCUCGAGGAGCUCAAGAACAUGUACUCCAGUCAAGGCAAGCGUUGUCUGUUACUCGCACGCAAGACCAUCAAGAGUGGCAAUCUUCCCAAAGACGUUGAGAACAUUUCGUACGAGAAGGCGAUCACCAGUGAAUCCAAGUCUGGCCUUACCCUGGUUGGAUUUGUGGCCAUUGUCGAUCCUCUGAGACACGAUAUUCCACAUGUUGUUAGCACUCUACGUGGCGCUGGUAUCCGAAUUGCAAUGGUCACAGGCGACUUUGCUCUUACUGCUUUGGCCAUUGCCCGCGAUGCCGGUAUUAUCACCUCCCAUGCCGUCGAUGACAGCACAGCCCUCCAUCGUUUCGCAGACGGUAGCAGUCCAGAAGGCUCCGUGUCUCUCAAGAGCAAGGAUGAGCCCAGCAUUCAUCCCGGUGCUAUCAUCCUCAGUGGCCCUGAACUCAUGGCUCUCAACGAAUAUCAGUGGGCGAACUUGACACGGUACGAAGAAAUUGUGUUUGCUCGUACCACACCCGAACAGAAGCUCCGUAUCGUCCGUGAGUUCCAGCACAACAGCGUUGUCGCCAUGACUGGCGAUGGUGUCAACGAUGCCCCGUCUCUCAAGGCUGCAGAUGUCGGUAUCUCGAUGGGAAGUGGAUCUGACAUUGCCAUGGAGGCGGCUGAUAUGGUCCUCUUGGAUACAUUCUCCUCAAUCAUCGUCGCUGUGCAGUACGGCCGAGUUGUGUUUGACAAUCUCAAGAAGGUCAUUUCUUACCUGUUGCCUGCUGGUUCGUUCUCUGAGUUCUGGCCCGUCAUGGCUUUUGUUGCCUUCGGACUGCCCCAAGCUCUUUCAUCAUUCCUCAUGAUCAUCAUCUGUUGCUUCACUGAUUGCGCCGCUGCUACUAUGCUUUCUUACGAGAAGCCCGAAGCAGACGUUCUCACUCGCCGUCCCCGCAACGUGAAGAAGGAUCGCCUCGUCAACUGGCAGCUCAUUUUCCAAUCCUACGGCAUCAACGGAGUUUUGCAAACAGUUGCCUCCUUCGCCAUGUCGUUUUGGUAUCUCCAACGCCAAGGCAUCCCGUUCAGCCAGCUCUGGUUCUCAUUCGGCAAGAUGCCUGACGGGAUUGACCCAGACUAUUACCUGGCCAAGACCAAUGAAGCAUCGUCCAUCUACUUUGUCAAUCUUGUUGUGAUGCAGUGGUUCAACCUGAUGGCUACACGAACUCGCCGCCUCAGUAUCUUCCAGCAUCCACCACUGUUCAACCGAGAGACACAGAACUGGUAUCUGUUCCCUGCCAUUCUCUUCUCCCUUGCUAUGGCUAUCUUUUGGCUGUAUAUCCCCCCACUGCGACCUGUCCUUGGUACCACAGGAGUCCCCGUUGAGCACUGGUUCCUCCCAUUCGCUUUCGGCAUGUUUCAGCUUCUGUUGGAUGAGGCUAGAAAGUAUGGUGUGAGGAGGUGGCCUACUGGUCUGCUUGCCAAGAUGGCCUGGUAA